AUGGCGCCUCUUGUGGAUAAUCCUAUGAUUGCAUCUGCAACAUUGCAUAAUCCAUUGCCGCUUUGGUUGCAUACUUAUAUCUGGCCCUUUGUUAUCAUAUGGCCCAUCUUCUUUAGAUAUUAUCUCUCACAAGAUCUUUACGACCUGCAUAUCGGCGGACAGGAGUGGACCUUUGUGUGGUGUGGGACAAUUAUCACGGCGCAGAGUUUAGUAUGGCUGAGCACACAUUGGAACAUCAACCUGAGGGCUCUCUUCACCUCAACCUCUGCAAAGACUGUUUCGACCGCUCAGUUGGUCAAGGUAAAUCCAAUUACGAAUGCUGGCUCUGCGGAUUUCUGCAAAAUAGACAGGGACAAUGCUGGUGGUAAAAGCAAUGUCUCUUUCUUCUUUCAAAAGCGCCGAUUCCUCUACGAUUCAUCGAAGAAUUCCUUUGCCCCUUUGACAUACUCGAUAGAUUUAGAGCCCAAGCCACUUUUGGAGACAUAUCAAAAGUCUAGAGGUAUAGAUUCUGCAUCCGAGCUUUCCAGAAUUCAUCAACAUUAUGGCGAUAAUACAUUCGAUAUUCCGGUUCCUACUUUCUCAGAGCUAUUCAAAGAACACGCAGUCGCACCAUUCUUCGUCUUCCAGAUUUUCUGCGUUGGGUUAUGGAUGUUGGAUGAUUUCUGGUACUACUCCUUAUUCUCCCUCUCUAUGUUGGUAAUAUUUGAGAGUACCGUAGUCUGGCAACGCCAAAGAACCAUGACCGAGUUUCGAGGAAUGAGCAUCAAGCCAUACGACAUUUGGGUUUACCGAUUAAACAAAUGGGAGGAAACACAAAGCGACAAGCUCUUACCGGGAGAUCUGGUUUCCGUUGGACGAACCAAGGAGGAUAGUGGUGUAGCCUGCGACAUGGUUCUGGUUGAAGGAAGUGUCAUUGUCAACGAAGCUAUGCUGUCAGGAGAAAGUACUCCAUUACUGAAGGAUUCAGUCCAGCUCAGGCCUGCCGAUGCAGUCUUAGAACCGGAAGGUCUUGACAAGAAUGCAUUUCUUUAUGGAGGAACAAAAGUUCUGCAAGUUACACACGGAAAUACCGAAGAAGAAAGGCCCGAGAUCGCCUCGGGCGUUCCAUCCCCUCCAGAUAACGGUGCUAUGGCUAUUGUGGUAAAAACUGGAUUUGAGACCGCGCAAGGAAGCUUGGUUCGAACUAUGAUUUACUCCACCGAGCGAGUAUCCGCCAAUAACGCCGAAGCAUUGUUCUUCAUUCUUUUCCUUUUGAUAUUCGCAAUCGCAGCAUCUUGGUAUGUUUGGGAUGAAGGUGUCAAAAAGGAUAGGAAACGAUCCAAGCUUCUUCUCGAUUGCGUCUUGAUUGUUACUAGUGUCGUACCCCCCGAAUUGCCAAUGGAGCUCAGUCUUGCAGUCAACACUAGCUUGGCAGCUCUUAGUCGUUAUGCUAUCUAUUGUACCGAACCAUUCCGCAUUCCAUUUGCUGGCAGGGUUGAUGUUGCGUGUUUCGAUAAGACAGGUACCCUGACUGGAGAAGACUUGGUCGUAGAAGGUAUUGCUGGCCUUGGUCUAGGCCAUUCCGGUACCGAUACCCCUCGUGAAAAGGAUGGCGCCCACAGUCACAUUACUCCCGUUCUACAAGCUUCACUGGAAACUACGUAUGUGCUUGCCACAGCUCAUGCUCUUGUAAAAUUAGACGAGGGUGAUAUUGUUGGAGACCCUAUGGAGAAGGCUACAUUGACUUCUUUGGGUUGGACCCUUGGCCGAAAUGACAUUCUAUCUAGCAAAGUUCAAACCGGUGCACCUUUAUCCGCUGUCCAGAUCAAGCGUCGUUUCCAAUUCUCAUCUGCUCUCAAACGCCAAAGCUCGGUCGCCUCGUUAACCGCGACCAAUUCUCAUACUGGCAAGAAGAUCCGCUCUACUUUCGUUGGUGUUAAGGGAGCCCCAGAAACCAUCAUGAAAAUGUUGGUGAAGGUUCCUGCAGACUACGAAGAAACCUACAAAUACUUUACUAGGAAAGGAUCCCGUGUUCUCGCUUUGGCCUACAAGUACCUCUCUACCGAUUCUGAACUUGGCUCUGGUAAGAUCAAUGACCUGAAGCGUGAAGAAGUGGAGACUCAGCUCCAUUUCGCUGGUUUCUUGGUCCUACAUUGUCCUCUCAAGGAUGACGCGAAAUUGGCCGUACAAAUGCUCAAUGAAAGCAGUCAUCGUGUCGUCAUGAUCACCGGUGACAAUCCUUUGACAGCCAUACAUGUUGCCAGAGAGGUUGAGAUUGUGGACAGAGAUGUUCUCAUCCUUGAUGCUCCAGAACAUGAUGACUCGGGAGACAAACUUGUUUGGAGAAGUGUUGAUGACAGUAUCAGCAUUCCUGUUGAUCCUUCUAAACCUAUCGACAAGAAGAUCAUUGAGGAAAACGACUUGUGUGUCACUGGCUACGCUCUAUCCAAGUACAAAGAUCAAUCUGCUCUUUCCACCAUCUAUCGUUACGCAUGGGUAUAUGCCCGUGUAUCACCAAAGCAGAAAGAAGAGAUUCUGACCGGCUUAAGAGAUCUUGGUUAUCAUACCCUUAUGGCUGGUGAUGGUACAAAUGACGUUGGAGCCUUGAAGCAAGCUCAUAUCGGUGUUGCAUUACUUAAUGGUUCACAGGAGGAUCUCAACAAGAUCGCCGAACAUCACAGAAAUAACAGAUCGAAGGAGCUCUAUGAAAAACAGUGUCAAAUGAUGGGACGAUUCAAUCAACCAACGCCCCCGGUACCCGCAGUGAUUGCACAUUUGUAUCCUUCUGGACCUAAAAACCCACACUACGAGAAAGCCAUGCAACGGGAGGCCGCAAAGAGAGGUACUACCGUGGCUCUCAUGGAGACAACUGCCAACAAAACUGAUGCCGUGGAAACAAUUACUUCACCUGCCGCUCAAGCACUCAUUAAUGGUCAACAAAACAAGCCUGCCCUGAACGAUGCGCAGAAGAAAGCAGCUAGUCUCGCUGAUAAAAUGACUCAAAGCUUGAUGGAGGCGGAACUAGAUGAUGACGAGCCCCCUACAAUCAAACUUGGCGAUGCAUCUGUUGCUGCUCCAUUCACCAGUAAAUUGAGCAAUGUAAUUGCCAUUCCCAAUAUCAUUCGUCAAGGUCGCUGCACACUUGUUGCAACUAUCCAAAUGUACAAGAUUCUCGCUUUGAAUUGUCUCAUCAGCGCUUACAGUCUGAGUGUGUUAUACCUCGAAGGUAUUAAGUUCGGUGACGGCCAAGUCACAAUCAGUGGAAUGCUUAUGAGUGUUUGCUUUUUGUCAAUUUCUCGGGCCAAGUCUGUAGAAGGUCUUUCUAAGGAACGACCACAACCAAAUAUCUUCAACUUCUACAUCAUUGGAUCUAUCCUCGGACAAUUUGCAGUUCACAUAACCACACUCAUUUAUAUUGCCCGUUUCUGCGAUAAGAUCGCCCCACGUGACCCAGAUGUCGAUCUCGAAGGAGAAUUUGCUCCAUCUCUACUGAACAGCGCCGUGUAUCUCUUACAACUCAUUCAACAAGUCUCAACUUUCGCCAUCAAUUAUCAAGGCCGACCAUUCCGUGAAGCCAUAUCUGAGAACAAAGGAAUGUACUACGGUAUUAUCGGAGUUUCUGCAGUUGCAUUCGCGUGCUCCACCGAAUUCAUUCCCGAAAUUAACCAAAAGAUGAGGCUUGUGCCUUUUACAUAUAACUUCAAAGUAGUAAUGACAACUACGAUGGUUGUCGAUUAUGUCGCCUGUUAUAUUAUUGAGAAAGUACUCAAAGCACUUUUCAGCGAUUACCAACCGAAAGAUAUUGCCAUCAGAAGACCUGAUCAAUUGGCUAGAGAACAGAAGAGGAUUAAGGAUGUCAAGUUGGCGGCAUCGAAUGUGGCGAUGCAGGCGGAGGAGGAGAAAUCACGAAAGGAGGUCGAGGAGUUGGAGAAGAAGAUUAUGGCGAAGGGAAGAAGGUAG